AUGGAGCCAGAAGCCUUAAAAAGUUGCCCUUACAACCCUCACCACCGCAUCCCACUCAGCAGAUUUCAAUACCACCUGGCAUCAUGCAGGAAGAAGAACCCCAAGAAAGCUAAAAAGAUGGCCAGCUGCAAAUACAACGCUUGCCACGUGGUCCCCAUCAAAAAGCUGGAGGAACACGAGGCGGCCUGUGUCAACAGAAGCACAGUGGAGGAAGAAGACAUCUUGAGCCCUCUGAAAGUCAGCCUUCCGAGUCCAGAGAAGAAUGGAAGUGCCCCUCCAGUGUCCCCCUGGGUCCCCAAUCCUGAUGUCUGGAAUGUUGAUGGCACUAACAGCCACCCCAUGUUCGUCCUUAAGACUUUUAUUCCCCAAAAGCUUGUUUGUGAAAGCGACGUACGAGAGUCAGAGAGAGAGGACCACCCCCGAUCCCCAACCACCUCCCUGAAGAUCCUCCGACCAGGAGAGUAA